AUGGAUAACCAACAAGAUAAGGCUGUUGUUGCCUCAGCCAAUGGAGAAAACACUCUGAUUAAUGGGGUCAAAGAAAAUGAUUCAGAGGACCAAGAUGUGGCAAUGAAGUCAUUUGCAGCUCUAGAAGCUGCUGCACCAAUCCAGCCUAUACCAGUGGUUCAAAAAGAGACCCUAAUGUAUCCCAGGGGUCUCCUGCCUCUGCCUUCUAAGAAACCCUGUAUGCAGAGCCCCCCAUCUCCUUUGGGCCUAAUUGAAGCACCUGAGCAUGCUGCUAAUAGUGCUUCUGUGAAUGCCAUCUCCCUUACAUCUGGUGUUACAAAAGGCCUGCAUACAUGGUCACUGCCCAGUGAAUGUGAGAAAGCUCCAUUUGCCAUAAUGGAGCCUGCAGGCAUGUCAGCUCUGAAUGGGGACUGCCUCAUGCAGCCAAGUCGGACUUGUUUGGGCUGCUUCAUGGAAUCAAAGGAUGCAGUAGAUCCUGAGCCAGGGAUCAGUCUGAAAGUUGGUGAUCUAAAUAAGGAUUAUGAAACCUGUGCAGUCUCUGAUAUAGGGAUUCAGUGUAUUAAUGCUGGAGAAAGCAUGAAAUAUGGAGAGCAGCUGCUUUCAGACCAGCUCCUAGGCUUCCCCCUGCACAAAUCAAGGGCAGGGGAAAAACGAGAAGCUGAGAAAUCUGACAUCGACUUGGAGGAUCCAGCUCAGAAAAGUUAUUAUGAGGCAUUACUGUUAGACAAGUGUAAUACAGAAGAGGCUUUGCUGGCAAAUUCCAAUCAAGAUUGGGGUUACUUUGAGACUUUCAUUAGUGAGAGUAAGAUUGAACUGCUUGACCUCUGUUCCAAAAAUGAGCUGUCCGUCAACUUAUUCUCGGAAGAAGAUGUGGAUAACUACAUGUUCGAUGAUGAUGAGUCAACACUGGGCAGUGAUGUCUGUUCCUUGAAAAUUCGAUAUGAGUCCUUCCAGGACAAUGUUCGAGACAAGACCACCCUUCUAAUGCAGGAGGAUGCCCAAUUCAACUUUUUUCCCAGUGUCUUUACUACUUGCCCCAAACGAGAGUCUAAGAGUGGGGUUUUGAAGCAGAACAGCGAUCUUUCCCAAUUCAAGGUUCCUGAUGUGAACAUCAUCUGGGGGGAGGAGGAUAAAAACUUGGACAAGAAGAAAGUCAAAGAAGAGGGACAGGAAGACAAGGGUGUAGAGAAAAAAGAUGAAAAGGAUAAUGGAGAAAAAUUUGCCUUAAAUAAACCAUGCAGUGGGACUGAAGUAGGGCAAUUUAAGAAUCCAAAGCAGGGUCAUCUUGCUAAUUCCUUGGAGGCAUCAGGGAAUUUCAGUGAUGACAGUUCCUUCAUUGAGGUCUCUUAUGAUGCCAUGGGGGAGAUCAAGGACUGUAGCCGCUAUAUGGCUCGGGACACUAAUUCUGGCAACUCCUCCUCCCAGCAGAACUAUGGUCUACGAGCCAAGAGAAAAGUCAGGUACAGUGAAGAUUAUCUAUAUGACGUUGACUCACUAGAGGGUGAAAAAGUAAAUGAGAGGAAGGAAUGGUUGCCAGGUGGUUCCAAAGAGGAAGAUGAUGAUGAAUGGUGUCCCAAAAAGAGAAGAAAAGUAACCCGUAAGGAGCCCCCUGUUAUUAUCAAAUAUAUCAUCAUCAAUCGCUUUAAAGGUGAGAAGAACAUGCUGGUGAAGUUGGGUAGGGUAGAUUCCAGUGAGACAACAGUGAAUUUGAGUGAAAAUCAGCUCAACAAAUAUGCCAAGCUUGCCCCCUUGAAGGGCUUCUGGCAAAAGAAGAAAAAACAGAGAAAUAGCAACAUUGACUCCAACAAGACACCCUUAUGCCAAAAACAAAACUUUGAACCAGGUAGCUUUGAGGUGUCAUUCCUGCCACCUGCUCGCAAACGAAAAUCUAAACUUGGCAACAGGCACAGGAUUCAAAGAAUCCCAUCUGUGGAAACUUCAGCAAGUGGUAAGCAAAUUUCAUUCUGCAGUGAUCAGAGGCAAGCUUGUACUCGUAAAGAAGAUGGAGCCAUGAAAGGUACACUAAAGUCAGCGCCUCUGGCUGUCCCCAGCUGUGCAAAUGGAUCACGUCUAAAUGACAUUACAGGCCCUGACUCAGUGAAAGUCAAAGCCCAAGAUGCAGGAUUUAAGGGGCCAGAGAGGAAAGUGCUCAACAAAAUCAAAUUUAAAAGUGAAGCCAGGUUAAAAUCCAAGAAAAUCAAAGCUGGUCAAGAAAGCAAGUCAGUUGUUGAAAUGAGCCCUCUUUUGGAAGAUCAAUCAUCUACACCUAAUUUAAAGAAUGAAGCUAUUCCUGGGACUUCAAACAGUUCUCAUCUAUCUGAAUUUCAUGAGGCAAAGGUUGCCAAGAAUUCUACUUUCUUACCAACCACCUGCUCUUCUGAAAUGCCUCUAUCAUCUGCUAAUGUUGCCACCAGUAUACCUGUUAUCCCUGGAGGGUAUCUGCAGACAUUGUUAGAUGCUUCUGACUUGUCAAAUAAUACUGGUAUAUCAUACUUUGCUCACCAUUCUCCAGAGCAAAAUGAAAGCAGCCUCACUCAAACAGAAAAAUCAUUUGUGCCUCUUCAGCCUGCCCAGGACUGUGUGCUUUCCUCACCCUCUGAGACUGAGCUACAGCAGUCAUCCCAAAACUUCAAAAUGGAAUCAAACAACUAUGGAAAUGUGUGGCCCAACAAACCUACUUCUGGCCCCCAGGAAUUCAUGGCUGAAGUCUCAAGGGAGAUAGCUCCAACACAAUCUAAUGAAUUUGGAGUCUCCCAAGUAGUCUCCAUGGAAAAUAACCUCACAUCUACAACAUACAAUAGAAUCUGCCUCAGUAGUGGUGGCAGUAAUUGCAACAAGGUUCUAUAUGCCUCUGUACAAGACACUCAGCUCCCAUCUGAUGACUCUUAUCAAUUAUGUCACUUUAAUAAUGGAGAGAUAUGCUUUCCUUUCCAGCAGGGCCCAGCCAAUAUGGAUGAUGAUCGGCUCUUUAGCUUUGAUUCAAUGGCCCAACUCUCUGUCAACUCAAGCAAUUAUUGUUCCUUAAGCUUGAAGUCCUGUGAAAAGGAUGGUGAUGAUGAUAUUACUGAUGACUUCCUGGCCCAUUGCAGCCCCAAGCUGGUUAUCCAGCAGAGCAUUGAUGAGAUAACACCAUUAAAGGAGUCCACUGACCUCCUGGAUAUCUCCAACUUCACUCCUGACAAAUUCCGCCACUCUUCUCUCUCAGAAGUGUCCCCACCUGACACCCCCAGUCUUUCCCCUCAAAUUACCAGAUGUGAGAGUAUUAAGACACUAGGAACACUGAAGGGGUUUCAAGAGGGUGUCCCAGGACCAUUGGGCAACAUGGAGAAAAUCAAGUGGGACUGCAGUACCCUUUCACGGCAGGUCCCAGUGGAUGAUGGAUUUACUUUAAAUAACCAUCAGUUUCAGUUCCAUAUGUUCAAUGAUGAGGAUUCUGUCAGUCUUCUCCAAAAAACCCCUUGCUUAUCAACAUUUAAUGAUCCAUCUGGUCAAAUGAGUACUAACAACAAAGUGUCAAAAUCAAGAAAGAAAAGUUCACCCAGCAAGAGUGGGGCUCUGAACCAAAGCUCUUCUCAGAAAAACACCAGGAAAAAAUCUCUCAAAGCCAACAACAAAGGAAUUGAAAAGCCACCUGGCAAAACCUCCCGCCAGGCCCCUAAGUCAACAAAGAAAGGGAAAUACAUGGCUGCAAUCAAUGGAGAGAAAAUGCAAGUUGGCAUUGGCCGUGGAGGAGGCCAAAUCAACAACAUAUCCUCCACAGGAAAGACAUUGACCGAAUGUAUCCAACACAGUGGCCCUGUGGCCUCUAUGAAGAUGCCAACUCAAAAGGGACUUUCUGGAGAUUGGGCUCUGGGGAAGGAGAGUAACCCAGGAUGGAGCGACAUGAACAUGAGCACGAACACCAAUAGCCUCCUUGAUGAUGACCAACGGGAAUUUCAAGAGCCUUCCUAUAUCUUGUCUAACAUUGCCUCUGGUAUGGCAGAUGUGCAGAGGUUCAUGAUGGCCUCCAUAGAGCCCCUUUGGGAACCCAUGGAACACCAUGGAGACCCCAACAUAUUCUACUCCCCUGAGUCCAAUAGUCUAAAAUUAAAAACCCUUAAAAUAUUGGCUGGGACACCACAGGAAUCUAAGAAAAAGGUCAACAGUGGGUCCCCAGGGGGCACUAAGAAUCACAGGUCCAUCAAGGGUGUGAGUAAAAGCAAUGGGAAAGCAACAAUAGGUGAUCCUGGUCGUGCAAACAUGCAUGGUUAUGAGGACUCUCGCUCUGCCUUCUUUGAUAAAAAGUGUAAUAACCUGAGCACUUUAGGCAAUAAUGGACCGACACACAAAAAGUUAUAUCGUCACAAAUCCAGCUCCAAGGCCCUGAGAGAUGAGAAGUGUAAGGGAAAGUGCGUGGAGCGAGAACAGGUCCACAAGGAUGAGGCUGGGACAGCUUCUUUUGAAAAACUGAGGGAUUCCGACUACAAUCUCCUAAAAGCAGAAACAGCAUUUUGGGUUUUACCUGUGUUUGAAGAAGAAACUCACAUUUUCCAGAAAGACAUUUGA